AUGAUCGACUCAACAAACCAUACAACCAGCGCAAGACAACCAGUGCUUUGCGCCGCAACACCAUUUCAAAUUUACAAUGACCGAACAACCAGCAAUCCCAUUAACAAUGUUUGGGAUCGUGAACCCGAGAGUUUAAAGGGAGCUAACAAGUCAACUCGUGACUUUUACUUUUCCUCCUGCCAGUGGACUCCAGAUGGAUCGUCAUUGUUAGCAACAAGUUCCGAUAAUACAGCACGUAUUUUUGUAGCACCACCAGAUCUGCUUUCUGAUCUCGACAAUCCAUCUAGCACAGCUAAAGAUUUACUUCCUUAUUCAAGACUUCAAUUUCCCUCAGCCCCAACAGCCACUGCCAUCUACCCGGGAUUUCAGAUCUCGGAGUUUGCACCUGCGCUGGUGCUUGUAUCUACCGAAGACCACCCCAUCAAACUGUACAAUGUACAUUCACAAGAGUGCGUAGCAAGCUAUCCGCUAUUUAAUCCACACCGCGAUAUUUAUGAUAAUGCUUUGGCCCUCGAGUUUACUGGAGCUGCAGGCUCCAACGACACAUUUCUUGCUGGAACUCGAGGCCAGCGUGGCCGUGUUGAUAUGUUUAGUUUACUGAGGCCAGGUGCAAGCACAGAAACUACUCGUCCACUGACCUCAGCCCAUGUCCCAGACUCCAUGGCUGCAGGAUAUCGGCGAGCCAUUGUUUCGGCUAUAGCCACUCAGCCUUGUCAAAACAAUUCAUUAGUUGCUGCUGUCGGAUUUUACCAGGGCGGUACAGAGCGAACAGCCAAAAGUUCUGCAGUUGCAUUGUAUGAUUUCCGUGUGGACAGUGUUAAUGCACGAUGUACAAUUUUGUCCCCACCGUUAUCGUCUUCAGGGGAAUACAGCUGGACAAAACAAACUAGUGGAACAACCAGCCUUUUGUGGAGUCCUGAACCGGGCUCUGACAAUUUACUAUACCAAGUGUUAAGGGGCGGCUAUUCACGUGUGAUUGUACGCGACACUAGAAUGGAUUUAGGCGAAGUAGGCCAGCUGAGUGACCCAGCCCUCGAAACACUUAGCACUGUACAGCGACUAGGUGUUGACUGGGUGCCGAGUCUCCACGGUAGAUCCGCAUUUGAUCUGUAUGCAGGAACUUCCACUGGAUCUGUUUAUGUUUACAAAGACCCUUUUGAGUCGUUGGCGGGUCGGCUCAAUCAAAUAUCCGAAUUGGGGGGAGGCUCAGUGACCAAUCCACAGGUCGAAACGAUGAAAAUGACCAAUGACUCGCGCACUAGUGUGUGUGACGUUUCAUGGAAUCCACAAGUAACGCAAAACGGCGUCGAGGUUAUUGCGACAUGCUGUGGUACACGCAAAUCUACUGAUGAAGAAGAUGAGGACCUGAAUUUCCCUGAAACUGGAAUUAAAAUCUGGGCCCUUUUCAAGUAA